GGCCGCUCAGCCCGCGACGGACGAACGCGCCCACGACGCGACCACGACGCGACCACGACGUACCGCGCGCGACCACGACCGCGGUGACCACGAGUGUAGUGAUCGAUCUGUGUCAGUGAUUCUGUGAUUGUUCUUGGCCGAAAAAAUUAAGUUACGAGUUGGAUCUCGAAGGGACGGAUUUGUUUUGAUACCUCCCGGAUGAGCUAAGCGCGAUGGGUCACAAGAACUACCUGGCGGUGGGGCAGUCGGCCCGCGACCGGCUGUUCGGGCUGGCGCGCGCCGGCGACAAGCCCGUGCCCCUCAACAUGCUCAUCUCGCAGCAGGGCAAGAUAAACCACGGGCGACUAGCAGUAAUCACGUUCAGCAUAUGCACCGUGGUGCUCGGCAUCGUCUUAUCCUUCGUACCUUGGCUGGACUAUCUUAUAUUUAAGGAACUGAAACUAUGGAACGGGUCCCUCAGCUACAGCUACUGGCAGAAGCCCGGGGUGAUCAGACUGACCAAGGUGUAUAUCUUCAACAUGACAAACCCCCAGGGGUUCCUGGACCACGGGGAGAAACCUAAACUGGUGGAAGUGGGGCCUUUCGUGUACAGGGAGGACAUGGAAAAAGUGAACAUAGUGUUCCACGACAACGACACUGUGACGUACCAGCACAAGAAGAUCCUGCGCUUCGUGCCCGAGAUGUCGGUGGAUAAGAGCCAGAAGCUAGUCGUGCCCAACAUACCAUUGCUAACAGUGACAUCGUUUUCUCCGAACCUGGCGUCGAUGCUGAUCAGCUUAUUCAUAUCGGGUCUAUCGCUGGGUAACAGAGAACGAGCCAAACCGUUCGUGCAGAUCACAGCAGAAGAACUUGUUUUUGGCUACGACGAUCCACUAGUAAAUCUCGCCCAUUAUGUGUACCCGAAAGGCAAGAGACCAAACAGCCAGAUGGGACUGCUACUCGCCAGAAACGGCACGCUGGACGAGGUGUCGACGAUAUACGCGGGCGAGCGGCUGGACCGCUUCGGCUACCUCGACCGCGUCAACGGCAUGGACCACUUGCCGCAUUGGAAGGACUCACCCUGCAAUGAUAUCAGAGCAUCAGAGGGUUCGUUCUUCCCGCCGCGCGCGGUGACGAAGUCGGACAUGCUGUAUGUGUACGACAAGGACCUAUGCCGGAUCCUGCCGCUGCAGUACCGCGAGGAUGUAUACAAAGAUGGCAUCCAGACCGGUCUGUACACGCCACCCAGCUCUACGCUGGAGACGCCGGACGUCAACCCCGACAACAAGUGCUACUGCCAGAGCGAGUGGUGCCCACCCCGGGGGCUGCAGAACAUCAGCCCCUGCCAGUACUAUGCGCCUGUGUAUUUAUCAUAUCCACACUUUUACGAUGCCGAUCCGUCGUUGCUAAAAGAUUUCGAAGGACUCAAGCCUGAAAAAGAGAAGCACGAAAGCUAUUUCAAGAUCCAGCCGAAACUGGGAGUGCCACUCGAGGGCCAGGUGAGGGUCCAGCUGAACCUGAAGGUUGACCAGGCCAAGAACAUCGCCACCAACGGCAUCAACAAGUUUCCCAGCAUCAUCUUCCCCGUCAUGUGGCUGCAGGAGGGUAUCGAAGGUGUGAGCAAUUCCAUCUGGUGGUGGGUCUUCCUGGCGACACGCGUUGCUCCGGUGGCCGGCCCCACUCUGGCAUACUCGCUUAUCAUCUUCGGUCUCAGCAUCCUGAUCUACCUGUUCAUCAAGGCCUACAGGAACUUCGUGAUCGGCGACAAGCCUAUCGAGAUCGUAGAGAUGGGCCGGGAGACGAUCCGCAGAAGCUCCACCCUCAUCAUCAACAGCUCACAGAAGCUGCUCCACAACAACACCAUGUACCAGCCGCUGAGCCAGUGCGAUCCCUCGCCGGACGACGGCAACGAGGACGGCCUGCAGGAGCUCAACUUCGUCAAGAAGAGGGACAGUCUCACCCGGAGUAUAGACGAGCUGAAGGGGAGAUUGAACAGAGACUUCGUCAAGUCCAACUUCGCCGAGCCGGAGAGAGAGUCGCUUAUAGACUCGGACAACACCUUCAUAAUGUCGGAGCACCACCAGCACAGGCUGUACUCGGUGCCGGACGACUACUACUGAUCCGCCCGAGGGCCAUCCGUUAGUUCUUAAAUGGUGUAGAGGAUCCAAACGCUUUAUUUCGGUGGUGAAGUUGUGAAACAAUUUAGUGAUAUUAUAGUUGGUGAAAUGCGAUUAUUCAAUUGCAAAUCCAGUAGACUUUGAACGUCCUGCGACCGAAAUAUAAUAUGCCAUGUACUAGUAAUUCCUACGUAAUAUUAUAUUAGUGAAUGUUGUGCGUCAUCCCCGACGCUCUAUUUUUGCUCAAUUUUAUAAUGACAUGUGGUAUGAGGUGCCGCCAAAUAUAAAAAUAUAUAAAGUUAAAUAUAUUAUAUACAAAAAAUAUUGCUAAUAAAUUUUAUGAUAUUUUACUUUAUAACAAAUUUCGAUUUAUGAAUAAUUUUAUGUGGAUGAAAAUCAUGUAUUGCCGAUUAUUAAGACAACUGUAAUUUCAAUAAUUGUAAUUUUAAGUUUCAUAGGAGUAGGCGAAUUAAUUAAACGAACGCAGUAACGUCCCGCGAAAAUGUGCAAUGCUAGUCUACUGUUAGAUAUUAUGUCUAUUGGAUUUUCGCGGGGGAAGAGAGCGUUUCGAGACUAGAAGUUAUUUAAAUGAAAUUUACAGAAAAUUCGAUAGAGAUCACUUGAAUACAUUCUACUCUUAACGCUAGGCUACAGAAUAUUCUUCGAGGAUCAUUCAACGUUAGUUUGGACCAAUUAAUGUGAGAGUGAAUUUUCAAAUGUGAUCGUAACGAACGUGACGAAUUGUUUUUAUUUAAAGGACACAAUGUACAAAUAUAUUCGUAGUAGCGGAUAGUAAAGUCCUACUAGCAAUCAACCCACACGGCACAAGAUAAACAAUUUGUCCCCCUUUGUCUCCCGGGGUGACCAAUGAUAAGGGACAAACGAGAUCAUUCUCAUUAGUUCCACUGGGAAACAAAGCAACAGGGGACGAGUGAAGCUCAAGAGAACCUUUAUAUAAUCUUUACUUUAUGUUUUACUCGUGGUGUUGGAUUAUUCUGCUAAAAUCAUUUCAGAAGGUGUAAGGUGGGUCUUGGAUAUGUUCGCUCAAGCAUAAUAUUAUUUUAGUGUCUGGAUGCGAAACGUUAUUUAUUUCAUUUAUUUUAUCAUCUUUUGGUUUAGAGUUACCCAGUGUACCAGUGGAUGUUAUAAAUGUUAGGAGUGAAUCAUCAUUAUGAUCAACUGAAUUACUGCGAGAUUCAUAAACUUUAUGUGAGAUUAAAACAAAACAAUAAAAUAUAUCGUAAGCACCGAUAGUCGUUGCGGAAAGCGAUGUCGAUGGAAAUUACUAUAACCAGCUAUAACUAACAAGCAAGUUACAAAUCUGUCGUUGUGCUUCUGACGACAAAGAGUUUUAAUAUUUCCUUAAUAUAUUGUUACCAGUAAUAUUACAUGAUUGUUUUUAUUACAAGUAACAGCUGAUAUUCUAAGGUGUAAAUUAUACGCUUAAACAUUUAACUAUAGCGUAGUCAAUUUUUUGCUAUUUUAACUAGCCCUUAAACUUGUCCUAUCUUAAAAAUGCACCUGUCCUUUAUAUGAUUUUAUCUGUAUAGGCGAAUAUUUUAAAUAUUAUAGUUUAUAUUGCAUCAACUUUUUACAAGCGCUGACAGCAAUAUAAAUGAAAAGUUUGCAUAUCAUGAACAACAAUACUUGCUCAAUUUAAUUUAGAAAUAUCUUGCGAAAUUGUCUUCCGAAUGUCUUCCAAUGUGAUGGAGUCAAGGCAAUAUUAUGUGAAUAUAGUGUAUGUGUGUUGUGUUGUGUUGUGUGUGUGGCUGUCCGUGUGCCCCGAUAGAACCACUACGAGACCUUUAGUAGUCUGUUGCUGGAACAACACUACAACGUUGCCAGUCGGGGCGUAUGGGCAUUACAAUCUCCGUGGACUAGUUGAUUAUUAUGAUUUCCUAGUUGAUGUUCUGUUAGAUACCAUGGGGCUUGCCUUUACAGUAUGGACCCUACAAAACGCAGUAUUAGAAACGUUUGCCAUAUUGUUAGGAGUGAAAUAGAUGUCGCUAAAGAUAGUCAACCAGUCCACGGAGCGCGCGAGAUACUGCGAGCUCAUAUUAAGCUUUAAGUGUAAGACGGAGACGCCGAAACAUUCCAUUGGGGUUGUCCACGGAAUAUUUGUGGAAUUUUGUACAUAUAAUAAUUAAGAGAUUUUGUAUUCGAUACUUGUUUAUAAUAUAAAUCUUGAAAAA